AUGGCGGACCCAACAUCAAGAAUGGAUAAUAGACCAGAUUCCACAGUCAGCAGCCUGUCAAGCAGUUGGGUUGGCCUAUUCUCUAGCUGCCCUCGGGAGUCACCAAAACAAAAAUUUCAAGGUUUCCAACACCGGGUCAACAUUGAUGAUCUUAGCCGGAAUUCAUCAGAACCAGGAGAAAUUCGUCAAAAGUUACGACUUGAUUUUAGUCACAUCAACAAUGGCCGUAAAGCAACUUUAGGAGAUCUUGGACACAGGACACAAAUUGAACGUCUCCGCUCCUAUGGAAUGUCAUCUGCUGGGAAACUUCAAAUUAACAAACAGACUUAUAAAUUCACAGCCGAAGAUUUGAAGGACCUUGGUCUAAUUGGUCAGGGUAACUAUGGCACAGUUAAUAAGAUGAAGCACACCCAAAGUGAAACUAUCAUGGCAGUCAAAAGAAUUCGAUCCACGGUUGAUGAGAAAGAUCAGAAGCAGCUUCUGAUGGAUUUGGAUGUUGUGAUGCGCAGUAAUGAUUGUCCCUAUAUUGUUCAGUUUUAUGGAGCUCUUUUCAAAGAGGGUGACUGUUGGAUUUGUAUGGAAAUCAUGGAUAUUUCACUAGACAAAUUUUAUAAAUUCAUUUAUAAUAUUAUGUUGAGUAUGAUGCCAGAGGAAAUUUUAGGAAAGGUAGCUGUAGCGACACUCAAAGCAUUGAAUUACUUAAAAGAAAAAUUAAAAAUUAUCCACAGAGAUGUAAAACCUUCAAAUAUUCUGCUGGACAGAAAGGGCAACAUCAAAUUGUGUGAUUUCGGUAUCAGUGGCCAAUUGGUUGAUUCAAUUGCUAAGAGUCGUGAUGCUGGCUGUCGACCUUACAUGGCACCUGAAAGAAUUGAUCCACGGGCAUCAAGUCGAGGAUAUGAUGUCCGAUCUGAUGUCUGGAGUCUUGGAAUAACAUUGAUGGAAUUAUCUACUGGCCGUUUCCCAUAUCCUAAGUGGGACAGUGUAUUUGACCAGCUGACUCAAGUUGUUCAGGGACCACCACCGAGUCUUCGAACAUAUGAUUCCAAGUAUUCAGAUGAAUUUAAAAGUUUCCUGUAUACAUGUUUAAUAAAAGAUGAAAGAAGAAGACCAAAAUAUGGGAAACUGCUGGAUCACCCGUUCAUUCAUCGAUUUGAAGAAGAGGAGGUUGACGUGGCUGGUUAUGUGUGCAACGUUAUAGACCAAUAUUAUGAAACACAGGGACUGUCAACAGGGUCUUAA